AUGAGCCGGGCGCUGCUGGCCGGCAGGAUGCAGCCAGAGAGCCGGAACGUCUGCGUCUUCUUGCCCACCCGGGAGCAGCUCAGCCUGGCCGUCGGGGUCAAAGCCACUGGACAGGAGCUCUUUCAGCAAGUUUGUGAUUUAGUGAAGAUUAAAGAGCCUCACUUCUUUGGCCUCAGCAUUGUUAAAAAUAAUGAAUAUGUUUUUAUAGACCUGGAGCAGAAGCUCAGCAAAUACUUUUCAAAGGAAUGGAAGAAAGAGACCACCAAAGGAACUGAGAAAUUCAGCCCUCCUUUUGUUGCGUUCUUUAGAGUACAAUACUACGUAGAAAAUGGAAGAGUAAUAAGUGAUAAGGUCGCACGGCAGCUCUACUACUGCCACCUCAAAGAGCAAGUACUUAUGUCUCGGUGCAACCACAAAGAAGAAAUCUACUUCUUGCUGGCUGCCUACAGCUUACAGGCAGACUUGGGCAACUACAGGGAGAAGGUCCAUGCCGGCAAAUAUUUUGAACCUCAGGCCUAUUUCCCGCAAUGGAUAAUUGCAAAGAGGGGGAGUGACUACAUCUUGAAACAUGCCCCAGAGAUGCACAGAGAACAGCAAGGACUGAGCGCUAAGGAAGCGGUGCUGAAGUUCAUUAAGGAGUCCUGCCUGCUGGAAGAUGUGCCCGUCCACUUCUACAGGCUGCAGAAGGAUAAGAAGGAAGAUCGCCCCACGGUUAUCCUGGGCCUGACCCUGAGAGGAAUGCACAUCUAUCAGGAGGUGAAUCACGUUCGCCAGCUCCUCUACGACUUUCCCUGGUCGCACAUCGGGAAGCUGGCGUUUCUGGGGAAAAAGUUUGAGAUCCAGCCGGAUGGUUUGCCCUCUGCACGGAAAUUGGUUUACUACACGGGUUGCCCCUUCAGGUCACGGCACUUGCUGCAGCUCCUCAGCAACAGCCACCGGCUCUUUCUGAAUAUCCAGCCAGUGUUGAAGCAAAUCCAAAAACUGGAGGAGGCUGAAGAGAAGAAGCGCUACCGGGAAUCCUAUAUCAGUGACACACUAGACAUGGACCUGGACCCGUGUGAUAAGAACUCGCGUGGCAGUGGGAGCAGCGGGGGCAGCCGGAAGGAUAACCGUCUCUCACGCCAGUCCACGGGGAGUCAUGGCAGCUCUCACACGUCAGGCAUCGAGGCUGACUCCAGGCACCGGGUGUCAGUGGAAAUGUCAGUGGAUGAGCCCUUCAGCAUUGACCGGGUGCAUAGGAAAGAGAAAUCCUGCAGCUCGACCAUCAGCUACGGCAGCUCUGGCAUUGACAGUGGCAGCAAAGGGCGGGCUGAAGACGACUCCCAGGACGAUGAGCUUGAGCUGGCAGUAGAUGAGCCAGAGGAGGUGCCUGUAGAUGAGCCCUUAGAGGGAGACCAGUUAGAGGAGGCCACUGUGGGAGAAUCUGUUGAAUCUCUUCCUCUAGAUGCUGCUAGCUGCCAAGCUAUAAAUCGGGAAUCGCUGUCUGUGGUGCAAGUCACGCUAAUAAAAAUGAGAGGUCAAAGUGUGGAAUCCCUUCAUCAGGUCAGAUCACCCAAAAGCAGGAGCUGCACAGACCAGCACAGCCAGAGUUUGGAUGACAUCCGCCUUUACAAGCACCGGCACCCACCACUAAGUGCUACGCUGUCUUCAGACACAUCCCACAGCUACACGUUUGGCUGCAGCCUGGAGGAUAAGCUGUCUAUCUAUGGCUGCGUUUAUUCCACAGCGGACUGCAAAACCAAGUCUGCCCUUUAUGGGAAGCGAUCCAUGAACUGCCUCUCCUUGGAUCUUCUGGGAGAGGACCAGCUCCCGGAGGAGUUUGUGGUGUAAUGAGAUUGGAGCUCUUCCAUACCAGGAAACAGCUCAUCAUGGAAAUAUAUACCUCAUUAACACAUGUGAUGUCACUCUGGUUCUUGCAGGAGAUUGUGAGCAGCUUUGUUAUUCAGCUCUAUAAUCAGUAAGUGACAUCACUUUUGCAGACCUGGCUACAGGGCAAAUCAAGUGGAGUGCAGCACUUAACGUUGGCGUUUGAAGUGUUUGAGCAGAAAAUGGAAGUGGCCUGCACCAGUAGCUGUGACACAACCAACAUAAAACCCAAAACCAGUGGACCAAAACUGACGCUGAGCUAGCAAAGUGAACAUUGUGUCUAAAUGGAUUUAUCAGAAAGAAAUUUAAAGUCUAUGUCAGUUCAUCUUCCUGCCUUUCUCUUGCGGUCCAUUUGUGUUAAUGCUAGUGUACAGAUAGUUUGGUUGCCUUGAGUUUGUGCUGCUGCAACACUGCCAACAGCUGUCAGGCCAGGAUAUACUCUGAGCACAUCUGGAGGGCUGUGUAUGG